AUGCUUAAUUACAGUGAAGCUUAAGUUAAUUAUUAGAAAAAGCUUAGCAGGGAAUGUCUCUCAAUAUUUUAUGUCCGUAAUUGGCUUUUAGUUGGAAAUAUAUAUAUAGUAAUUGUUUUUUAGAAAAAAAUUCAGUGAAACCAUUGUUAAAGAUUUUCCCGAAAAUUGGGACGCGGUGGAUAUAAAAGAUUUCCUAACACCUUAUGGGGAUGUUAUUAGGGUCAAAAUGAACGGGACAAAUGCUGCAUUUGUGACCUUUGAUGAGAGAGGCUUGAAUCGUGAUAUCUUCAGUAAUGGGAUAAUGUGGGAAAAUAGAGUGAUUGAUAUUCAAGAAAUCCGAGGCAAUUUUAGGCUAAGAGAGUCUAUCCCUCACUGCUAUAGCACUAAACUUAACUCAGGGAUCCCUAAUUUCCACUCUGAAAAUACACAAUACUCUAUUGCCAAAUACAAAGGAUUGGUAGUUUGUAAAAUUUACCCAUCAAAAGAAAAACUUGAGAUUUUGUGUGAGACUAACAAAAUGAACUUUAAGCUGACUAUAAGCUUAGAAUGAAUUUUAUACUGGGCUUAUGAAGACAAAGGUAAUAAAUACAAAAUCUUUUUGCAAUUUAAUAAACCACCAAUGUUUUACUGGCAAGCUUCUCAAAGAAAAAGAAAAGAGCUGUGAACAAUAGACCAUGCAGGAAAAGGAUGGUGGAGGACAGGAAAUUUUUUCAAAGGUUUUAAUGAUUUUUUGAUUUUUGAGUCCAAAAAAAUAGGGUGAGGUUAAUUAAAGUACACUGUACUUUUUUAAACCCCCUCCGAAAACCUACAAAAAUGACUAUGUACUUUAAAAAAUGGUCAUUUAGUGUGAAAAAAGUACAAACGGUACUUUUCGAUUUUUUAAAAACAGGGGGGUGAAAAAAGUAAACGGUGAAAAAAAACCAGCCAAAACAGAGGAAAAAAGUACAUAUAAAAAUCAAUAUUCUAUCAAGACUAAGUAAAUUUAAGCAAAGAAAGGCCAAGGUUAAAUUGCAUAAUAAGCAGCUUGUAUUGCAUUAUAAUAAAUACUAAACAAUAUUGCUGGAAAGAAUGCAAGAGCUGCAUGAUAAACAAUAAAAAAUAUUUGGCUCUCAAAAUAAGAGGAAAAAAGUACGCUGCAAAAUAUAAAAUGAUUAAAGUGACGUAGAAUAAUCUAAUAUAAAAGACUAAUAAUAAGCACAGGAAAUUCCCUUAGAAAGUUCAACUUAAUUUGUUAAAUAAAAGACCAAAAGUUACAAAGAAAUAUAAGAAAAGUGAUUAUGGAGAAAAUUUUAAAAAAAUGGAUGAAAAAAGUACAUUUUUUUUCAUAUGCAAAAAAAGAGUGAAAAAAGUACUCAUAAAAUUUUUAACAGUGCAAAUUUUGGAUGAAAAAAGUACAAAGGGAAAAAAAAAACAGAGGAAAAAAAGUACAUUGACUUUUUAUAUGAAAAUACUAAUUUUUUAAAAUAUGUUUACCUUAAAAUGAGAAGAACGCAUCAAUUUAAUUUUGCUGAUAUAUUAAUUCUCACUCCACCCCCUUUAAAAUUGGAACAAAUAUAGGUAAAAUUUCCCCUUUUUUUGAUAAAUUAGCUCCUUCAAUUGGAACAAAAUUUAAUUUUAUAAUAAAAAAAUUAUAUAUUUAAUUUUAUAAUAAAAAAUUAUAUAUAAUUUUUUAUCUAAAAAAGUUUUGAUAUAAGUUAAAUGCUUCUUCUUAACUAAAAUAAAAAUUUAGUUAUGUCUUGCUCUUGUUUAAAGAAGAGAGUAUAAAGAGCAUCUUAUUUAAAUAAAAUUUAUUAUCCUUAAUUGCUAAAUUUUUUAUUUAAAUAGUUUUGAUAUAAAUUCAAUAGGAAUUCUUUAUAAAAUAUAAAAAUUUACUUAUUUCUUGCUUUAUUUUAAAAAGUAUAGAGUAUAAAUAGCAUCUUAUAUAAACAAAAUUAGCACUUUGAUCGAUAAAUUUUCUAAAAUUUUUUUUUUAUUAAUAAAAAUAAUAAUUUUUGUGUAAAUAAUUUUGAUGCCAAUUAAUAGUGGGCGUAUUAACUAAUAAUGCAAAUUUAGUUAUAUAUUGCUUUGUUUUAAAGGAAAAAGAGUAAAUAGUAUUUUAUUAAACAAAUUUAUUAAUCUAAUUCGAUAAAUUUUUGAAAUUUUAUUUUUAUAAAAAAUUUUAUAUUGAUAUUUUUUUUCUAGAUAGUUAAAAUAUGGCGUCUUCGUUUAGGUAUGGCCUCACGACAUACAGCCUUCGACUCAUAUUUUAAUUGUAUCCGGCAAGGUUUUUCCAGCUUGAAAUGGACAGCAAUGCUAGCAACUAAUUCUGCAGGAGCGUAGAACCUAGCCCAAGUCCAAAUUCGAGACUGGUUUUUUACCUCUAAGGAAAGGAGGGUUAGAUUUGGAAAGGGCAAGCCCAUCAGAGUCUACAGAUAAUAGCUAGACAAUUGGGCAACUGCCUAGCGUGAGACUGGGCGUUACGUUCCAGGAUCUGGACUUUACCCUUUUGCCGACAGGCUACCAGAAAUUCCAUUUUUUGGAAUUUCGGAAUGCCAACUUGUAUUCCCUCAGCCUCAGGAAGCCUCACAAACCCGUAGUCUGCCCACUCAACACUGGAGUCUUUUACAAGAGACAAGGAGGAGGCAUCAGUACUCCCGCUUUAUGUGGGAGUGAUGUCGCAAAGCGGAUGAAUCCCACAAGGGAUCAUUGUGAUUGCGUUAAAAUUAAAGGCACGAGCCCGUCUGUUUAAGUUAAGUUAAGUGAUAUUUUUUUCUAACAAAAAAAAAAUUUUUUGUUCCAAUUUAAAGGGGGUGGAGUGAGAAUUAAUAUAUCAGCAAAAUUAAAUUGAUGCGUUCUUCUCAUUUUAAGGUAAAACAUAUUUAAAAAAUUAGUAUUUUCAUAUAAAAAGUCAAUGUACUUUUUUCCUCUGUUUUUUUUUCCCUUUGUACUUUUUUCAUCCAAAAUUUUGCACUGUUAAAAAUUUUAUGAGUACUUUUUUCACUCUUUUUUUUUGCAUAUGAAAAAAAAAUGUACUUUUUUCAUCCAUUUUUUUAAAAUUUUCUCCAUAAUCACUUUUCUUAUAUUUCUUUGUAACUUUUGGUCUUUUAUUUAACAAAUUAAGUUGAACUUUCUAAGGGAAUUUCCUGUGCUUAUUAUUAGUCUUUUAUAUUAGAUUAUUCUACGUCACUUUAAUCAUUUUAUAUUUUGCAGCGUACUUUUUUUUCUCUUAUUUUGAGAGCCAAAUAUUUUUUUAUUGUUUAUCAUGCAGCUCUUGCAUUCUUUCCAGCAAUAUUGUUUAGUAUUUAUUAUAAUGCAAUACAAGCUGCUUAUUAUGCAAUUUAACCUUGGCCUUUCUUUGCUUAAAUUUACUUAGUCUUGAUAGAAUAUUGAUUUUUAUAUGUACUUUUUUCCUCUGUUUUUGGCUGGUUUUUUUCACCGUUUACUUUUUUCACCCCCCUGUUUUUAAAAAAUCGAAAAGUACCGUUUGUACUUUUUUCACACUAAACGACCAUUUUUAAAGUACAUAGUCAUUUUUGUAGGUUUUCGGAGGGGGUUUAAAAAAGUACAGUGUACUUUAAUUAACCUCACCCAAAAAAAUAGGAAUAAAACUAAAAGUGCUGAAAAGUGGAAGUUAUGAUUUUUUGAAAUUUUUAAGAGAAAAGGUAAAAUUUAAAGAAAAUGUCCCGAAAAGCAUAGACCUUCCAGAAGAUCUUGUUACCUUUAAAGACUUAGACAAGCUAGAAAUUUGUUAUCAAACUAAGUUCAUGCUUUAUUCAAUCAUAAGUUUAGGCUACAUAUCAGUAUUUGACUUGAAUAAAGAUUUUCUUAAAGAACUAAUAGGACAAAAUCAAGAACAAAUUUGUUCUGGCUUACAAUGGGUUAUCAGCAAUAACCGAGAUUUUCCAUUCGAAACAAUUCCUGAUUUUAUAACGGAAUUUUGAAAUUUGGUACAUAGUGGGUAUGAUUUUCCAAAAGACAAUUAUUUAAGAAUAAACAGAGUCAUAGUAACUCCUGCUACUUUUUAUGUCCUUAUAGGUGAGCCUGGAAACUCAAAUCGCGUCACUCGAAAUCCAGAAAUAAACAAAGAAAAUCUAUUAAGGAUUUCUUUUGCAGACGAAGAUCUAGACAAACUUUAUAUAAAUAAGUCAGAAGCUUUGGUAAAUAUUAUUAGGGAUAAUUUAUCACAAUUUCAUUUGGCUGGGAAAACUUUUUACUUACUUGGUUAUAGCAACUCACAGUUAAAAGAAACCUCAGCCUGGCUUUUAUCCCCACAAGGCCAAAUCACCCCAGAAUAUAUAAGAGACUGACUAGGCGAUUUCUCAAAAAUCAAAAUUCCAGGAAAAUACUCCGCAAGAGUCGGACAAAGCUUAGCCACAUCUCGGCAUAUGUUUAACCUCGACAAUUCCCAAAUUAAGCGUAUCCCUGACAUUGAGGUCGGAAAAUACAAUUUUAGUGACGGCAUAGGGAUGAUUUCAAAAGAUCUCGCUAACGAAAUUAAUAAAAAAACAGGCCAAUUCUCUUCAGCUUUUCAAUUUAGGCUUGGUGGCUAUAAAGGUGUUGUAGCGGUCGACGAUAGGUUGCCUGGAAGACAGCUGGCUUUAAGGAAAAGUCAAAAGAAAUUUAAAUCAGAUAAAACUGGUUUUGAUUUAUUAGACCAGUCUGAAUUUCGUUAUGGACAUUUAAAUAGGCAGCUUAUAUUGUUAUUAAACACGCUUGGGAUUCAGGAUGAUAUUUUUAAUGAUCUUUUGGAUGAAGCACUAAUUCAUCUUGAUAAAAACUGCAAAGAAUAUGUAAGGAAACUUAAUUAUAAAAGCAUUGCUAUACAAAGGCUGCAACAAGUUUUAGAUCACCCUUAUGAACCAAUUGUGGUUGAGAUGAGAAAUUUAUUAAAAUCUAGUGUCCUUCAAGAACUUAAAUUAAAGCAAAGAAUUUGGGUUGAAAACUCAGGACUACUUAUGGGAGUUUUAGAUGAAAAAAAAGUCCUUGAAUAUGGCCAAGUUUUUGUACAAAUUCAAGGUCUCGGAGUAAUUACAGGGCCAGUCAUAGUGGGUAAAAACCCUUGCUUACACCCAGGCGAUAUCCGAGUGUUAUAUGCAGUUGAAGCUCCUGAAUUAAUGCAUUUAUUCGAUGUCUUAGUUUUCCCACAAAAAGGUCCUCGUCCUCACACUAAUGAAUGCAGCGGUUCUGACCUAGAUGGAGACUUAUAUUUUGUUUCUUGGGAUAAUCGCUUAAUUCCUGAGCCUGUUGCACCAAUGGAGUAUGACACUGUAAAGCCAAAAACAAAAGAAGAAAUUUUUGGGCAAAAUACCCUUAUUAAAUUUUUCUUAAAAUACGCAAAAAACGAAAAACUCGGGCUUAUUGAUAACGCUCACGUUGCUAUUGCAGACCAAAGCCCAUUAAAUGCAAAUGAUGAUAAAUGUCUUGAAUUAUGCAAAUUGCAUGCAAUUGCUGUAGAUUUUUCGAAAAAUGGGAUAAAGGUGGAGAUCGAUAAGGAUUUAAUACCAAAAGAAUAUCCGACAUUUAUGGAAAGAAAAGGGAGAAGUUAUAAAUCAGAAAAAAUAAUUGGAAAAUUGUAUGGCUUUUAGUUUUAAUUGGUCAGGAAUAUAGAUUGAUUCUAAAUUUUUAUAGGAAAUUUAAGGCAAUUUGUUUAUAUGAAAGAAUCACUGAAAUUGUAGACGAAGAUAUCCCACAGUUUAAUAUUAAAUACAGCUAUGACAGAUAUGAAGCAUAUAUGCCACAAGCUGCAGAGCUUUUUAAUGGCUACAGAGUUGAGCUGAAUCUUUUGCUUAACCAAUUUGGGCUUGAACGAGAAAUUGAGCUAUUAAUAGGCCAGCCAGUGAAUAUUUCUAUAUACCAAAAAACUGGUAUUAAAGCUGAAGACAUGAGGGAAUCAGUCACACAGAUAGCAAACGAACUGAUAGAGAAAUAUAGGGAGAAAUUCAACGAAAAAGCUAGCUUCCAGUUGGCAGUCGCAUGCUAUCAUGUGUCUCAUACUUCAGAUCCUCCAUUGAGAGCAUUUCCAUGGAUUGUGUGCACUGAAUUUUUGUAUCCAAUUCUUUAUCAAGAUAAAUAA